AGUCUUCAGCCUGUUUGACCUACGUGAUGGGGCUGUCUACCGCCUCUCCGUCCAGCGGUGAUCUUAUACAGAGGCCCGUUCAUAGCAAUGAAGUACUUGAAUCGGGCGCCUACAACGGGAAUGAACCCAACUACAGCAAUGAUGCAUUCGAGAUGGGCCGACUACCCUCAUCACCAGAGAAUGAGGUGCAGGAGCCAGACUCGGCCGAAGACAAGUCCCGCGGCCAUUGGAGAAUCGCUGCUAUUAUGCUCGCCCUUUCACUCAGCCUCUUCAUUUCUGCUCUUGAUCAGACUAUUGUGGCCACCGCAACACCGACGAUCUCUGCAGAUCUGCACUCGGGCACAGGCUAUGUGUGGAUUGGUGGCGCAUAUUUGAUUGCUAACGCAGCCAGUUCUAACAUCUGGGCUAACCUAUCCGAUAUCUGGGGGCGCAAGCCGAUUCUCCUCUCGGCCGUUGCUUUGUUCUUUGGGGCUUCAAUUAUCUGUGCCAAAGCCAUCAACAUGCCUAUGCUGAUUGCAGGCCGUGGUGUACAAGGUAUCGCUGGCGGCGGCCUCAUUCAACUCAUUACCAUCACCAUUUCCGACCUCUUUAGCGUCCGACUCCGCAGUCUUUUUAUGGGCCUCAUCGAAUUUAUCUGGGCAAUUGCCGGGGCUUUAGGUCCCAUCGUAGGCGGUGCCUUCACCCAGUCAGUUUCCUGGAGGUGGAUAUUCUGGAUCAAUCUGCCUAUUUGUGGAACGGCAUUCGUGCUCCUUCUGUUAUUCCUGGAUGUGCACAAUCCGAAGACUGGAGUCAUGGACGGCAUAAAAGCGGUUGAUUGGUUUGGUAGCUUCUCCAUUCUUGGACUGACGGUCAUGGUUUUGCUGGGCCUUGACUUUGGAGGAGCCACCUUUCCUUGGGGUUCGCCGAAAGUGAUCUGUCUUAUUGUUUUUGGUUGCCUGAUGUCGCUGUUUUUCAUUUACAGUGAGAAGCGCCUAGCAAAGUAUCCGCUUAUGCCGUUGGGCAUCUUCAAGAACCGUUCUAAUAUGGCCUGCUUCGUUGUGGCAUUCACACAUGGCUUUGCUUUCCUUGGACAAGAGUACUAUCUCCCGCUGUAUUUCCAAUCAGCCAAGGAAGCGUCUCCUUUCCACUCGGGCCUUCUGAUUCUCCCGUAUGUUUUGGCAGAAGCUGCCACGAGUCUUGCCGCAGGAAUUAUUAUUCACCACACGGGCCAUUAUCUCGAAGUCGUGUGGACCGGCACCACACUUGUACUCCUGGGGAGUGGUCUGCUUAUCGAUUUCAACGCUACCUCCUCACUUGCGAAGAUUAUCUGUUAUCAGAUCGUGGCAGGUGCCGGAUGUGGCUUGCUCUUCUUCCCGCCCCUCCUCGGCCUCCAGAGCAAUGUGCCGCAGGACCAAAAUGCCGCCGCGACUGCAACAUUUGGCUUCAUCCGUAACAUGGCCAUGGCCAUGUCAGUGGUGCUUGGUGGCGUAAUUUUCCAAAACAGCAUGGACACGCGGCAAUCCGGCCUCCUGGCAACGGGUCUGUCUGACUCCAUGGUGAAGGAGCUCACCGGAUCAGAAGCCGCAGCGAACGUGAUGGUCAUUCAAUCCAUUACGGAUACACUUCAACGAACUGUCGUCAAGGACGCCUACGCUUGGAGCUUGCGCAACAUUUGGAUCCUCUACACCUCCUUAGGGGCGUGUGGGCUUCUCUUCAGCCUGUUCAUUACCCGCCAGCAUCUCAGUGUGGAGCAUGUCGAGACCAAAACUGGUCUAAAAGAGAAGCAACCGCUUACCGAACCUCGGCAUAACGAGCCUGUCUCUGAACCCUGA